AUGUUCUUCAUUACAGCAUUGGUCUUGUUGGCAUGCCUGGAACUGGGCUCUGCCUACAGACUGGUUUGUUACUUUACAAACUGGGCUCAAUACAGACCAGGAGCGGGGAAGUACAUGCCAGAGAACAUAGAUCCUUGCUUGUGCACACAUCUGAUCUACGCUUUCGCUGGAAUGAAGGAUAAUCAAAUCACCACCUUUGAAUGGAAUGAUGUGACUCUCUACCACACUUUCAAUGGCCUUAAAAACAAAAAUGGAAACCUUAAGACACUCCUGUCCAUUGGAGGAUGGAACUUUGGAACCCAGAAAUUCACUGCCAUGGUUUCCUCAUCAGGAACUCGCCAAGUUUUCAUUAAGUCUGUGAUUAGCUUCCUGCGUGGUUAUGGGUUUGAUGGUUUGGAUAUUGAUUGGGAAUAUCCUGGAUCAAGAGGCAGCCCCCCACAAGACAAACGUCGCUACACUCUGUUACUGCAGGAACUGAUGGCAGCCUUUGAAGCUGAGGGAAAAAGCACAGGAAGACCAAGACUGCUGCUCUCUGCUGCAGUUGCUGGUGGGAAGAGUAACAUUGAUCCUGGCUAUGAAAUUGCUCAGGUUGGACAAGUUACUGACUUUUUAAAUGUGAUGACGUAUGAUUUCUUUGGGCCCUGGAGUCAUUUCACUGGAGAAAAUAGCCCUCUUUAUCCUCUCCCAAAUUCCCAAAGUGCUCUCAACUUGGAGUUAAAUGUGAACUAUGCAAUGAAUUAUUGGAAAGACAAUGGAGCACCUGCAGAGAAACUGAAUGUUGGAUUCCCUACAUAUGGCCACACCUUCAGACUGACCUCAUCUGACACUGGAGUUGGAGCCCCAGCAUCAGGUGCUGGACCAGCUGGGCAGUACACCAGACAAGCUGGAUUCUUGGCAUAUUAUGAGAUCUGUACAUUUUUGAAAAGUGCCACUAUGAAAUGGAAUGCCCCACAGAUGGUUCCAUAUGCAUAUAAAGAAAAUGAAUGGCUUGGAUAUGACAAUGUGAAGAGUUUUGGAAAGAAGGUUGAAUGGCUGAGAAACAAUAAUUAUGGAGGAGCUAUGGUCUGGGAUCUUGCUCUGGAUGACUUUUCUGGUGCUUUCUGCAACCAGGGACCUUAUCCUCUCAUCAACACCCUGCACACAGGGCUUGGAAUCUCUGCGGGUAAUUGUCAGGCACUGCGACCAGCUGUUUCUCCUGUGCAGGCUCCCAAUGGUAGUGGCAGCGGUGGAAGUGGAUUCUGUGUUGGCAAAGCUAAUGGUGUCUAUGCUGAUUCAAAAGCCAAGAACAAAUUUUACCAGUGUGUGAAUGGAGUGACCUACCUGAAGCACUGUGCUACUAGUCUAGUCUUUGACCCUUCCUGUGACUGUUGCAGCUGGGCAUAAGUAGAAGGUCUGCAAUCAAACUUCAUUGGGCACAAAUGCAGCUUCAACUAUUCUUCAAUGUAAUUACCGAAGUGAAGUUAAUUUUCGGAUAAAGACCAUUAUGAAUUUGUCUCAGAUCAAGAUUUGAAUGGCAGCUGAAA